CUCUUUCAGUUUCAGGUUGAGGCUUUUGGUUCCUGUUAGAGGCAAGAAUCAGAGGCUGUGUAUAGCAGAGCGCAUUUAUAAAAGGACUCAGAUGAGCUCAGCUGAAGCGUUUGUGCGCUGCUGCAAAGGGUUGGAGCCACAUCUGGAGCUGGAGGCUUUAUGCCUAGACAGAGUUCCUUUCCUGCAAAAAUAAUGUUUCCUACUUGCAGCACGUACGCAUACAGACUGACCAGACUGCUCUGUCUGAUCCUGGCAGGGCGUGUCCUCAGAGCCCUGUGUGUCACCUGGAAGCUGAACGUGCCGAAAACCAUCUCCGCGGUGCGGGGAACCUGCGUGGUCAUCCCUUGCCAGACCGGACCUCACACCAGGGCUGUCUGGUACCAGUACCACUCCCUCAGAUGGCCCAAGGUGUACGACGGCCUGAACCCGGGGUCGGUCCUAAAUGAGUUCCGGGAACGGACGUCGGUGCUGGGCUCCCCUCGGCAGGGGAACUGCUCUCUGAGGAUCGAUGCCGUUAGGCAAGCGGACGAUGGCGUCAGCCUGUACGCGUGGAUCAACCCAGAUGAGUCCAGCAGCCAGCAGUUUCACAAACAAACCGUAGCGCUCAAGGUUACAGGAAUUGAAGUACCCCAAAUAUCCAUCCAGGGUCCGAUGACAGAAGGCUCCCUCGUCUCUCUAAACUGCAGCGUGCCUCACUCUUGCCCCACAUCCCCCCCGGCCCUCGUUUGGGCGGGCCUGCCCGAGGGACAUGCCUCCAGCGUUACCACGGCGGCAGACGUCCCGCGGGGCGUGUGGGUGUCCGUGGCGACGGCGAGCUGGAGGGCGUCGGGGCGGGACAACGGCAGGAUGGUGGCCUGUUCCGUGCGGCUUGACCGCGAAAUCCGGCAGGUCGUCCGGCUGGAUGUUUCACAUGCCCCUGUAGACGUCAACCUCACAGCCGAGAUGCCUGUUGUUAAGGAGGGAGAGGCGGCAAUGCUGAGGUGCAGUGGUGAUGGCAACCCCCCGCCAACUGUCUACCGGUGGCUGGAGAGGCGGGGCAGAGAGACCGUCCAGCUGAACUCGUCUCGGGAUGAGGUGUCUGUACCCAGGGUCUGGCGAGACUCCUCCUUCUCCUGCGUCGCGCAGAACCCUCUUGGGAGUCGCCAGUCGGACUGGCUGUCGCUCAACGUCCAAUUUUCUCCCGUCAUCCUGCCUGGAAGCACUUGCUUUGUGACCGGUGGUGCUUUGAGGUGCGUGUUCCGGGUGGAGGCCAGUCCCAACGCCACCCUGCACUGGACCGUCAACAACAACGACCCCCCAGCAUCCUUUGCUUCUGUCGUCGAGCAGAAGGGUGCCGUGACAUCGGCCAUGCUGACAGGGCCUCUGGGGAAGCAGCAGCUCAAUGUGUCCUGCACUGCAUACAACCCCAUAGGGAACGUCACCUACAACCUGCCAAUAAACAACACACUCAGUCAGCCGCUUUCUUGGGUGUUGCCAGCAGUGCUGUGUGGGUGUGCUAUACUGUCAGCAGUGCUUGUGUUUCUGUAUUGCAAAAUGAGAAAAAAAGAGCGAGGGUCUAUGCCUGGCAUGCCCCAGGUCACGUGGACUGCGUCCAAGAGGUCCGACAACCAGGCGAACGAGGUCAGCGUUGAGCCACUGGCCACCUACAGUGACUGGCCCGGGGUUCCACUGGCACACAGAACACAGGACCAGGCAGCAGCAAGUGAGUCCAAGCUGUCUGUGGACAAGGUCAGCCUUGAGUCUUCAGCCACCUAUGGUAACUGGACCCAUAUCCCAGAACCACAAAGAACACAGGACACACACUCUGAUGGAGGCCUCAUCUAUGAAAAUUUCGGAGAGCCCGCAGAUAUGCCGUCACAGUGAGAACUGGGGGGGCGGUUUCAAACUUUUUUCCAGAAGCUGGGGACCAAAGGUGCCUUGUGUGGAGACGUCUGCAGCUGCGGGGGGAUGUGGCUUGGGGUCAGUGGCGGACGGCGAGCUCUGAUAAACUCUUCUGCCAUACCGACGAGCACGGUGCCACUAUUUAGGAAAAAUGGGUCGGAAAAAAGCCAAAUUUGUCCUUUUUGUGACAUUAAAAAAAAAAAGAAAAUUCUCCCUAAUUUGGCGUUUUCCGCAGUCGUGCAUUUUCGAGUUUGUCUUCCCGUCGAAGCGUUCCCUCUGCUCAGCUCCUCUGGACCCCCUGCAGGCUCACAGAGCAUGACA